GCAGCUCUCUCCAUAGCAACUGAAAACUUUUCAAGGCAGCAAUAAACUAAUCCUCUCCAGCUUCCAGAGCACCAUCAAGGAAUUUUAAAAACAUUGGACUUUCAGCAGCUAAAUACUUCUGAGGAUUCAGAAGGCCACAAAGCUAGAUACUCGAGCAUUCUUUUUCCCUUCAGAAGAUUCUUCAGGUUUCCAGUUUAAGCUGUGCAGCGCAAACAACAAUCCAACACUCAGUGCAGAUCACGCACUGCAGGAAGAGGAGAUGUGUUUUCUGACCAAGCAUCCAGCUCUUGGGGUGGUAUGUUCUGCUUUCAUAUUCAGCGUGCUCAUUGCUGAAGGACAGCCUGGGGAAGAGCAUGGGCAGGAUGGCAGCAAUCCUCCCAGCAGAGGCUCUCUGGUGGAAGUUUUACGCGUUCUCUCAGCUGAAAACACUGAGCUCCACAUGAACCACUCACGAGAACUGGUCAAAAUGUUACUGGAGAGAGCUGAAUGCCCACAGCGGAUUUAUGGCAUGCAAGAGGAUUGUAAUCUGUGCCUUGAACCAGAUGCUUUGUUACUGAUAGCUGGAGGAGAUUUAGAAGAUCAUCUCAGUGAAGAAGUAUUUGAGAGAAUUUCUCUUAUUCUUCUCUACUACAUUCUUCAUCGUAGAGAUAUGUGUUCUUCAGAAUUCAGUUUGAAUGAUAAGGAUUACAAAUUUUAUCUACAGAGUAUGCUUAGUUUAAGACAUGAUGAAGACUGUUAUUAUUUUUCACGGAAUGAAACUGAAGAUAUUUUAGCUGCAGUAAGGCAACAUUUUAAAACUUCUGAAAACCAGUGUGUUGAUGUGAGCACUCUGGAGAAAAAUGCUGAUAUAAUGGACAGAGAUGGUGCUGAUGAAAACACUCUUCCACGCCUGGCUGCUUUAAUCCUUACUCUGGCUCUCCAAGGAGUCUGUAUGGGGAAAGCAAGUUUGCCUUCCCCAGAAUUCUUUAUAAAAUAUAUUUUCAGUUCUCUAAAUAGUACCACUGAGCUCCAAGUGACAGAACUAGAACAACUACUCAAUGUGCUUAGAGUCAAAAAGACCUGCACUGUAAAUGGACAAUUUCACAGUCACAAAAGAAGACGCUACAGUGUGGCAAUCAGAGAUACUGGAAGAAGAAAUACUCCAGUCAAAGGAAACCAUACAAAAGGAGACUAUCUGAAAGGCUAUUUUGAAGAUCGUGAAAGGAACACAGAUUGGGACCAGGUUUGUUUCUCUGCCAAUGAACUUGUGAAGAUAUUUUUGAAAAACAGUUCUUCCUCCAUUUCUAAGGACCACUUCAAACAAAUCAGUCCAGCUAUCAUUCAACAGCUUUUAAGUUGUUCAUGUCAGCUUCCUGAUUUCAAACAGACAAAGCUUCCACCAACAACUAUGGAAAAAUAUGGUUACAGCACUGUUGCUGUUUUACUUAUUACUAUUGGAUCUAUGUUUGGUACAACUCUCAUUUUAUUUAACUCCUGUCAAGAAAUCUAUACACUCAUUUUACAGCUGUUUGUCGGUUUGGCUGUUGGGACCCUUUCUGGAGAUGCAUUGCUACAUCUUAUUCCUCAGACUCUUGGUUUGCAUAAACAUGAAGCACAAGAGGUAGAACAUUUCUAUGAGGGAAAAGAAUAUAUUUGGAAGCUUUUGGGAAUAAUUGGAGGAAUUCAUGGAUUUUUUCUGAUAGAAAAGUGUUUCUUUCUUUUGGUAACACCUCGUGACCAGCAGGGCCUUUCUUUAGUUAAUGGGCACUGGGGACAUUCCCAUGAUCUUCCAGUGGAGUCUGAAUUAAAUGAGCUUUCAGGCAGAGGCAAAUCUACUUCAACCAUACAGUUGAGAAGCCCGGAAGAUUCGGAACCGGCUGAAGUUCCUCCAGACAGCAAGGUGAUCAGCAAAAAAAGUAAAAAAAUCAGCUUGUUAGCAAUAAUGGUUCUGGUGGGCGACAGUCUUCACAAUUUUGCUGAUGGCUUGGCAAUAGGAGCAGCAUUCUCAUCCUCAACAGAAACAGGUGUGACAACGACUGUUGCUAUUUUAUGCCAUGAAAUUCCUCAUGAAAUGGGAGAUUUUGCUGUGCUGCUAAGUACAGGGCUCCCAACGAAGAUUGCAAUUUUGAUGAAUUUUAUAAGUGCACUAACAGCAUUCUUAGGACUUUAUAUUGGCCUUUCUCUAUCAACUGACCCAUCCAUUCAAAACUGGAUCUUUACUAUUACAGCUGGAAUGUUCUUGUAUUUAUCUUUAGCAGAAAUGCUUCCUGAAAUGACUCAUAUUCAGACACGGCGACCCUGGUUGAUGUUUCUCCUACAGAACCUUGGAUUACUGUUAGGCUGGUUUUGCCUCUUACUUUUGGCUGUAUUUGAACAGAAAAUUAAAAUAUAAGUUUUCUGUUGGAAAUCUCAAAGUACCACUUAUGACAGUGGAUAGCAUUAUUCACAAUUUUGUUAUGUCUGCCAUAGUAAUAUGUAAAUUAAGUUGCUGGGAUUUUAUAUCUGAACAGUAGAUAACUAUUUUACUUUAUUAACUUAUUGUUCAGAUUUUUGUAAUUAUUUUUUUGUAAACAUGAAUGUUUAGAAUUCUGUUAUAUUUGUUACUGAAUUUACCAGAUCCCAUGCUCAAACUCACAGGAGCUUUUGAUUAGUUUUUAUUGAGACUGUUCUAGUUGAAUGUUCUAAGUGAUCUCUGCCAGGCUGAUUGAGGUAAAGAAUAAAACACUUUUAUAUGCAAUAAUUAAAAUGGACUAACCAUAGUUGAAUAAUUUGAAUAUGGAAUGGUUUUUUGCCUUUUAGUACUAAGAAUUAUUUCUUUAAAUCUAAAAAGCAUAGCAAAGCUGAACUGCUAAAUGGCAUAAAGCAAUCUCAUAAAGUUUGCACUUUAUACUUUGUCAACGUAAAGAUUCUCAUCACUUACAUCUUACUGGACCACUGUGGCAGGAAAAAAUGACAAGUGUAAAUGUUGAAGUUUAUGAUGCAGAAAUUUGGGAAUACUCUUUUUGGACUAUAAUGCAAUUUCUCAUAUGUGUGAUGGAACCUGUGACAGUCAAGCACUGGACUAACCACCUUUUGCAUUGCCCCACCUGCAGUGGUUGCUUAUAGCAACUCCUUAUGAAGAAUUACAAAAAAUAUGUUUAAAUUGCUUUACCCUGAUAUGCCUUCCAAGCUUCUCAAAUGAAGGGAUUUCUUAUUGCUUCUGAGACAUCACAUUCAAUAAACACUUGCCUUCCUGUCAGCAAUUAGCUUAAUCAUAGUUAUGUGAUGUGCAUUGUGGAAAGAGCUUUUUCAAUUGUCUAGAGAUCAUGUAGCCUCACUGCACCUUCUCCCAUCCUGAGUGAUUUUUGUGUAAUUAGUCCUCUUGAUUUCAAGUUAAUUCUGUAGAAGUUGAGAUGAUUAAUUUAAUUUAGUUUUGCAGAACCCGGUCUGAAACAAAUAUACAAAGCUGAGCAGAUUCCAGGAGGUAUUGAGUAACACUCAGCUGUGUGAUUUCAGCUCUUUACAUGAUCUCAAUUUCUGGUGCAAGGACUUCUUCACUACCUUAUUUAUACUUUUGUAUGAGAACUAAAUUAUGUUCUUUUUUUCUCCUCUGAUGGGCUGUGGAAAUAGGGAGAGCAAGUUAUAGAACAGACAUUUAUUCUUUAUGAAGCAACUGGAAGUUUUCUUUUCUUUGUCUAAACUCUGUCCUGAAAUAUCUCUACAUUAUGACACAACACGACUGUGUCACAACGUGUCCUGUGUUUAUUUGAUAGCUCCUAGUGAAGGUACAAUUAUUCUCAUAUUACAGAGGGGAACAGAGUCUACUGUCUGCAGCAGACUGUCACAUCUGUUAGUUCUCAAAAGUUUCAUGGGCACUAUACUAACUUAUCAAAAUAGAAAGGGAAGACAAUACUGAAUGGCACUGUUUAUGAUAGCCCACGCUCAUGGGCUUGUGAACUCUUAGUCAACCACUGACUGACCCUCAAGGAAAGAAAACCAAACUUAGAGAUAAUUUUAAAAGUAGAUAUAGAUUCAUUUUCAGUGCCUGUUAGUUACAAGAAGCUGUAGCAAAUAACCCAAUGCAAAUCUAGACAAAUUUAGACAUGUACAUUCUUUCAGAAACCUUGUCCCAAACAAUUUAUCCAAGGUAAGACAGAAGGUCUCUAUCUGACAAGGGAGUCAACUGAGCUCUUUUAAAGGUCUGAAGUACAAUCCUAGCUUCUUUUAUUUAGGUGUGCAAAUAUUACAAUUGCUUUUUAUGUUAAUGUAAAUUUGAAAGGUGAGUUGAGAAGCCAUGUCUAAUGCUUCUGUUUUAAAAGUUGGGGGUUUUUUCCUGGAGCUUGUACUUGAUUUUAUUAAGUUAAUCUUUUUUAAAAGUGGCUUCUCAGUACUUCAUCUGUUUGUAUUGGCACCGAGUCACUUCAUGACCUUCAGCUGUGACAGUCAAUUCAAGCAAUAGCAGGGCAUCACUGGACGUAAGCAAAAUCUAUUCUUGUAUCAGAUGGUGCAAAUGAAUAUUGGAAACAUUCAUUAUUUGAAAAAGAAGAGUUACCAUGGUUUGAAUGCUUGUGUAUGCCUAAUGUUUGCUUCCACGGAAAGCAAGAUUACCAAUACCAUCCUGUUUUGGUAAUGUUAUUGUAUUCUGAAAUAUUUGUCCACUAUUUGUUAAUGUGUCUGAAAGAGAACAAGUAAUUUCGACAGAGUGUACUUUAAGGUUUCAUAUGAGCAUAGGUUCCCAUCCAGAUAUGUUCUGUGAACAUAUUGUAUCUACAUCUAUUGAGAAAAUGCCAUCUUUUGGCUAUAUAUGCUUAUCAGGCAUCUUGAUCACAUUUAUCAACCAAAUGUACUUGUACAGCUUCCACCACAGGCACAGAUAUAUUGUCCAGAAAGCCAGUUAAUCUUUAUUUCUGUGACAGAGCUCUUUGGUUUUUGUGGUGUUUGUCAAUAAGUGAGUAGUUCUGUGAUCAUUUUACCCUGGUAUCAAACCUGAACACCUGAAACGUCAUCAGCAUAUGAAAGUUUGAAUUCCUGUGGCAAUUAGAGAGAAUUUAUCUCACUACUUAAGGUUAGUGGCUCUGCUGUAAAUCUCUUUACAUUAGUGUCUUUAAAAAGAUACUGAAGGUGGAGUAUUACCAUAUGUAAACCAGGACCUCUAGCCUUACAGAGGGCUGGAAACUGCUCCUAUGGAUCAUUAAAACGAAAAACUAAAUAAAUGUUUCUUAUUAUCUCUUC